AAGGGCGCAGCAGCACCUGUACACUAUCAAAUUUUUAACUUCUAAAAAGAAAAUAAUUCUCAGAUCGCAUAUUUGUUGUUCCGACCGAGAACUAUUUUGGAGGGUGCCCAAGGUUCGCCCCGAAGGAGAGAAUGCUUGAUUAAAUUAUUAUAGUCUUCGAGAAAUUAACAUAUGUCUCCCACUGAUGGCUCCCCUAUGUACUUUGUGUCACAUUUUACCAAACCUUACAGCGACCGAGAUACCAAAUAAUAUUUCCAAGUCGCAGAAAAAGUAACAACCCUUUGAGCAAUAAUGGUCCAAGAGAACCACCACAGCUUAGGAAGCAAUAGUAACCUAUCCAACGAAAUUAAUGCCAACGACAAUAAUCAGGUAGACCCAACUGCAGACCCUCGAAGCCCUGCUGCCACUGCUGAAUAUGCGGAUUAUUACCGUGAAUUUCUUAAUGAACUGGUGGACUCAAUACGAAAUGAAGAUCAAGCAAUGGUAGCUCGCAUUGUUGGUCUUAUACGGUCUGGUGCAUCUCAGGAUGAGGUUCUUGGAGCGAUCCGGAGCGCAAAUAGUUAGUGCGAAAAAAGAGGGUAUUCGCCAUGGUUCUGCGUAUGGAACUGUCUAGUUGCACCUGAUUUAGGCUAUGGAUGGUUCUUUGUGAUGAGGAUUUAUCAUCACUAAUGGGUAGAACCAAUGAAUGUUACAAGUCCCAAUGCACUGAACUUUUACGGCCAAUAUCUGCCAGUGGUAUUCCUUUAUAACGACGAUCAAGCCUCGGUUCAUAAUAAUACGAAACAGCUAGCUAUUGUGCCG